CAGCCAAUGCCCUGUCCGGUGCUCCUCGGCACUGUGAAAGGUGGAGGUUUAUUAGCUCUUCUGCACAGAUACACAAUUGAGAAAAAAGUAGCAAAAGUGGAGAAUGUGCUGAAAAAAGGUGUGGGAGUUGACAGCAUGAACCACCUUGGACAGACACCACUCUUUUGUGCGUCUCUCCUUGGCUUUGCCAGUGUAGCAGAGAAGCUUCUACAGUAUGGGGCAAAUCCAAAUCACCGCUGUAAUGAUGGAAGUACCCCCAUUCAUGCUGCAGUUUUCUCUUGUAAUCCCUGGCUGCUGAGUUCACUGCUGGAUUCUGGCGGGGACCUGCGUCUCCAUGAUGAUCAGGGCCGGAUGCCGAAGGACUGGGCCAAGGCAGGUGCUCAGGAGAACAGUCCGAAGAUGCUUGCUUUUCUGAUGAGAUGUGAGUCUCAAAUGCAGAGGUUGCUGCAAACCCAUCCGUCCAGGGAUGCGCGUAUCACCCCAACCUCCUCAAAGACACUGCUCAGCUCUCCAUCCCUGCUUAAGCUUUUGCGACCUCGGGCAUCUGGGCUCACUCAUGAAAAUAAAAUAAAUUAUAAGAUGUCUGCCUGUGAUAUGAUGAUGCAGUGUUUUGGCUAUGGAAAGUUAUACUCUGAGAAGCCAGAGUUGGGUCUGGGACUGGCUGCUUCUGUGCCCUUGAUAAGUGACAGUGAUUUAGCUCAAGCUAACGAUGAGCCUCUCAAUUCCUUUAUGUGUGGAUCUUUCAUACGUAUGACCAAUUACAGUUGGAAAGGAUGUCGUGUCACUGUUAAAGAGCUGCAUGAUCAGAUUUUGCAACAAUAUGAAGAACGUGAUGGUCUCCUGGAUCUACUAAUUUCUGAGCAGGAGUAUUGCUGUCAGCUGUCUCACCCGCACCUGCUGCUGCUGAUGGCUGUGAGUAUGUCCGUUGACCUGGACAGCACAAAGCUGGUCUAUGAGAGAGUAAAUGUGGGGUCCCUGUACAGUCUGCUGCACCAAAGGCGGGAUGAGUUUCCUCUCCUACAGCUGGUUGACCUGUUAUCAGUGGUGCUACAGGUGUGUGAAGUGUUAAUGUACCUGCAUGGCCGAUCUCUGGUGAUCCGGGCCCUUUCCUCACACACUGUACUCAUUGUGCACCCUGGAAUUGCCAAGGUUACGGGCCUCGGGUUCAUUGUGCCCAGUGAGGGAACGGCCCCCUACACCCCACCUCCUGUUCCUUUACCUCUCAGCCUUAUCAACUGGGCAGCUCCAGAAGUGAUAAGAUGUAGAGCAUGUACAGGAAAAGCUGAUCUCUAUAGUGUGUGCACCCUUAUACAGGAGAUCUAUACAGAUGCUUUGCCAUGGGGCUCCACAGACCCACGCUGGAUAAAACGGUUGGUAGAAGCCGGCCAGGCUCUGAUAGCAAACCCUGCCGUGCCUGAGCCUUAUUACCAGUUCCUGCAGGCGGGCCUCCAGCACAGAGCCCAGCACAGGACCAGCAACCUGCACGAUUUGUGCUACAAUCUACGCUGUUAUAUAAGGGAGAUAAGAAGCGAGAAUACAAGAAGUGGAUGGAACUCAUGGUCAGCUCGUCAGAGCAUCCCUGGAUGGAACACUGACAUUAAUCAGGCGAGAGAGCAGGUCAAAUCUGUAUAUCAGCACUGCAGGACUGCAGUACACAAUGUGAUCCAGGAAAAUCUCCUGGAAGGAAUCUACAAAGAAGAAGAGGAGUCCACCACAGACACUGAUGACCUCCACUGGGAUAUUUCGCAUAGUGAUGUCACUGCUUUGCAGGAAUGGCCAACUACCCAUCAUACUCCACUUUCUGAGCCACCUUGUUCUAACUAUAGUGAUACAGACAAGGAUCUGGCAAUUAACCGCUCUAUCUCAAAGCAUACUGGCUCCAUUGUUCUCAAACUUAAAGUGUCUCAGGUUCUUCUACAGCAGGCUGAGCAGAGUCUGGAUAAUGUAGAGGCGGCCCAAUUGGACGCCCCUUGCUUUGAUGAGGUGGAUGCUGUGAUGAAGAGGGCGCACAUGGAAAAAGAGUGCAGGGAUGGUGUUGGGAAGGCUGUGGGACCACCGUUUAAAAAUUAUAUUCCCAACUGGACCAUUAAUGGAGAUGAGGAGGUCAGUCAGUACAGCUCAGCUCAAGAUGAGAGCUUCGACAGCACAUCCCUUCCUAGUAGUGUAAAGGAGGAGAACAGGGACUUGAAGAGAGUUCAAACAACAAAAAGAGGACAGCAACAGACAGGACAUCAAAAAUCUGAGAGGUUACAUGUGCAACUUGGGUUGUUGGAGACUCAGAAAGAUGACACACACCAAUCUCUUAAAAAACACGUCCAAACAAAACCCUCAUGGACCAGUGAGGUUAGUGAAAUGGUGGCCCUAAUGACACGUGGGCGAUUGGGGUCACCCUUGAGUGCUUUUGGCAGCAGUGACAGUGAGGAUGUAGCAGAGCAACAGUUCCACCUACAGGACAGAAAUAGUGUGAAUGGCUACCAGGAAUAUGAGACCCAGGAAAGCACUGAUCUGGAGCAACUAUUCAAGAGUUUUGCCGGUAUUCAGAGUGAUAGUGAGGAGAGCACAAAUUACCACACUAUCGAUCACACUUUUGAUGUGACCAAUGGAGUGCUGGAGGUGACAAGCCAAACUGAGGAUGAGGGAAGUUCAGAUGGUUUGGACUAUACACAGACACAGCAAUCUAGCAUGUUCUACACACCCAAACAUCACCUGUCCAACCACACAUCAUCUGAUGAAGAGCGUUCUCAGUCAUUGAGCUCAGAGGACGAGUUGGACGUCACAGUGGAGGUGUGUCGACGCAGCACAACUCCAGCAGAGGGAAAACAGGCUGGUGAAAACAGUCUGAGUGAAUACCAGCUUGCUCAAGAGGACUCAAAGGAGUCUGAAUCCAUGCACAGGUGUAUUCCUACCAUCAGUUGUUUGCCUGACAUCGCUGAGAUUGCAGACCUCUCCAGCAUAUCCUGUUCACCAGCCAAUCACCUAGAAUGGGUGGAGUCAGCUGAAGCCCCGCCCAUCCCUCUCAGCAGAGGACAUCCACCCUGUAACAGCACCCCACGCAGCCCAAAAGGCCAUAGGACACACCUUAAAGAUGUGCAGGUUGGCACUGAGCCCCUCCCUCACCUCCAGAGCUUGUUGGACACGUCACCAUGGGGCAGUGCUCCAUCCCAUACUGUCUGCACAGAGAGUUACACCACAGUCAGUGCAGGAGACAGCAGCACUGUCAGUCAAUGAAUCAUGAUAUUUGAAUAAUAUAUUUCUGUCAACAAUCAUAUCAGUA